CACAUUAUUUGGCUUGAAUUUGUAACAAUAAAUGAGUCCCGUCAUGCUUUGCUUCGUAAAAUUGCAUGAAAAUGACCUCGAAUGACAUCACGCCAUCUAACCCGAGCGACCUCAAUAUCACAGCAGGUUUGAUGCCCCGUUCAGAGCCUGGUUGCUUGCGCUGAAAAUGACCCUGCCUCUCCGCCGUGCAGGAAUGGCCACCACUGGGAACCUUUCCGAAGAGCAGGUUCACUGCUCCAUCUGUCUGGACGUCUUCACCAACCCCGUGUCCAUCCCCUGCGGGCACAACUUCUGCCAGGGCUGCAUCCUGGGAUACUGGAAAACCAGCCCUUUGUACCAGUGCCCUAUGUGUAAAAAGUCCUUCUACAAAAGGCCCGAUAUUUGCAUCAACACGGUCCUGAGGGAAAUUGCGGAUCAGUUCAAGGAGAUCAGGGUUAGAAGUGUGGAGGAAAGGGAGCGCGAGGAGGAGGAAGAAGACGAGAGAGACAGGAAGUGGACGAUGGAGAGAAGUAAAAAGGAGGAUGAGGAGAGGCUUUUGGAGAAAGAUCAGAAGCAGCAUCUUCUGGAGGAGCUGAAGCAGAAGCAAGAGGAGGAGAGGAGAAAGAGGGAGAAACCAGGAGAGAAAAAGCCUCUUCCAGAGGAGUUACCACCUCUGAUCCCCUCUGUGUCAGCACCCAAAACCUUUGCGCCACCGCCACCCCAAGCCACAGCCCAGGGGCCUCCUCUGCCUCCGCUGCCCCGAACAUCACCCCCACCUUCACCUCAGAGCCCCGCUUCUUCAUCUCCUCAAACCUCACCCCCACCUCCCUCCCCUUCACUCCUGCCUCCCCUCUGGGAGGAGGUAUACUGUGACAUUUGCCUGGGGGACGGCAGGCCCAAGGCGGUCAAGUCCUGCCUGGUGUGUCUCACCUCCUACUGCGAGGAGCACCUGAAAUCCCACGGCGCCAGGUUCACCAAGCACAAGCUGAUAGAGCCGGUCGCCAACAUGGAGGACAGGAUGUGUCCCAAGCACGAGCGGCUCCUGGAGCUCUUCUGUAAGAGGGAUCAGACCUGUGUGUGCGUGCUCUGCACAGAGACGGACCACCGGGCGCACUACACGGUCCCUGUGGAGAGAGAAUGGAUGGAGAAAAAGGCGCAGCUGAAGAAGACAGAAAUAGACGUCCAGCAGAUGAUCCAGGACAGAGUGAAGAAGGUGGAGGAGAUCAAACACUCUCUGGAACAAAACAAAGCCAGCGCUCAGAGAGAGGUGGAGGAAAGCACGCAGGUGGCCUCAGAGCUGGUGCGCUCCAUCCAGAAGACCCAGGCCGAGCUGGUUUUGGCGAUAGAGGAGAAGCAGCGGCAGACGGAGAGGUGGGCCGAGGGCCUUGUCGCUGAACUGGAGCAGGAGAUCGCUGAGCUGAAGAGGAGGAACACCGACUUGGAAAACGUGGCUCGGACCGACCACAUUCACUUCUUGAAGAGCUUCCCAGCCCUUAGCACUCCUCCGUCUGUCAAAGACUGGUCUGAGACCAGCGUUCCCACUGACAUGUGUGUAGGUAUGAUCCGGAGAUCAAUGGCCAAACUGGAGGCUACGCUACAUGAAAUGAUCGGCAAACUGGCUGAAAGUGAGAUCAAGAAGAUCCUGAAAUAUACAGUGGACAUCACUCUGGACCCUGACUCAGCCAACCCCUGGUUGCAGCUUUCUCAGGACAGACAUCAGGUGAGACACCUGGGCGCAUGGCAGGACCUCCCGGAAAACCCCGAGCGCUUCGACACAGUGGUCAUCGUCAUGGGCCGUGAGGGCUUCACCUCGGGGAGACAUUACUGGGAGGUCCAGGUGGGGGACAAGGACGACUGGUACAUGGGCGUGGCCAGGUCUUCUGUCAACAGAAAGGGCCGGAUCUCUGUAAGCACUACGCAGGGCUACUGGGCUCUGGCCAUGAAGAAAGGCCAGGGGUACCGGGCAUCAACAUCCCCACCGAUACUGCUCCCCCUCGACCCCAAGCCCAAGCGAGUGGGUGUGUACGUGGACUACGAGGAGGGGCAAGUGUCCUUUUAUGAUGUGAAGGCUUGGACCCACAUUUACACUUUCAAAGAUACAUUCAGGGAGAAGAUCUUGCCCUUUUUCUACCUCUACUGCUGCGACAAAGCCUCCGAUACCAUCGCGAUUAGUCCGGUGAAUGAGAAAAGUGUGAUCAAGCAAAGCUAAGGACAAGUUUGACAGUAAAAAGAGCACAAAAGAAAAACACUCAUGAAAGUAAAACAUAUUUUCUGUUUCUUCUAAUGUUAUUUGUAUAUUUAUUAUCUGUAUGGUAGUUUAAGAACUAUAUUAAUGGUGCAGUUAAUGUAUUCAGCUCAUGGAAGCCUUUAAGUUUUUGGGGGAAAAAUGCGUAUUGACUUUCUUGCCGAGGUUAAGAUACGAUCAUUUCCACUCUCAUGCCUGUAUACUAAAUAUAUAGAACUAGCAGGCGGUUAGCUUAGCUUAGCAUAAAUGUUUGGUGUGUUAUGAUCAAGAA